ACGUCAACCAAGUAGAAAAUUAUAGCAGAAGAGAAAAUACGUCAGUUUUUUCGACUUUUGAUCACUUUUUAUUGAAAAACUUCAUUUGUGUAUGUAUAUAUAAUAAUUUAGAAACGAAAUUAAUUAACAAUUCUAGUGUCACUGCCUAAUGACGUGUGAAUUUACAAUUAAAAUUUCCAACUACAUUGUGAAUGAAUUUCAACUUUUGUCAAAGUGCGUAUUUUUGAUAUAAGAAGUAUACAUCACGGGACUUAUAGAGAGGACAUUUUUCCUCCCAUUUUCCCUUGUCUGUGAAAUAUAUCUUUGUCAUGGACAGCAAUAAAGAUGAGGCCGAACGUUGUAUGGAAUAUGCGGAAAAACAUCUUCGUGAAAAAAAAUUCGAUGAAGCGGAAAAAUUCUUGAAAAAAGCCCAAAAAUUGUAUCCAACAAAACGUGUUGAAGAUUUAUUAACGCGAGUGUCGAUACUUUCGAAACAGAAUAAUCAAAAAUCAGAUUCUGAGCCUGAGGUUAGAAAACGACAAAAUGUUACAAAAGAAGGAACACAAACUCAAACAAAUGGUGAUUUUACCAAAGAUCAAUUAGAACAUGUUAAAAGAAUUAAAAAAUGUAAAGAUUAUUAUGAGAUAUUGAGUGUGAGUAAAGAAGCUACCGAUGGUGAUAUUAAGAGGGCCUAUAAAAAAUUAGCUCUUCAAUUACAUCCAGAUAAAAAUAAAGCUCCAGGAGCUGCUGAGGCUUUUAAAGUCAUUGGAAAUGCUGUUGCGGUACUGACUGACGUGGAAAAACGAAAACAAUAUGAUUUAUAUGGCUCGGACGAAGAACGAAUGCAGAGUUCUCAUUCUCAUCAAACUCAUUAUAAUUAUUCGCGAGGAUUUGAAACUGACAUUACUGCUGAAGAACUGUUUAACAUGUUCUUUAGAGAUGUUUUUCCACAACAAGAAUUUUAUAUGCGAAGAUCAGGUGGCAGAUGGACGAGACAGUCAGAAUCACAAAAUCAACACUCCCAUUCACAGCCCAAUGGAUACACAACAUUCCUACAGAUGUUACCUGUACUUUUAUUGAUAGUUUUAACAAUGAUGAGCAGUUUUUUCAUAUCUGAUCCAAUAUACAGUUUGCAUUCUAGCCCUAAAUAUACGGUUCCUAGAACAACACAAAAUCUAAAAGUGACGUACUAUGUAAAAGAAAAUUUCCACAGCGAGUAUCAGGGUAGUUUGCGAAGAUUAGAAAUUUCAGUUGAAGAAGAAUAUUUAAGUCAAUUGAGGCAGACGUGUUUCAGGGAAAAGAAUUAUCGGGAAUCAAUGAUAUGGAAAGCGAGAAAUUUCGGUGAUCAAGAUUUGUAUAAUCGUGCGAGAAAUAUGGAUAUGCCGUCAUGCAAACGAUUACAAGAAAUGCAAGCAUGAUGGCAUUUUUUUCAAUAUUAAAUAAAUACAGUUUUUGAUGUAUUGUAGAUAGGUAUUUAUAUAUAUAUAUAUACAUUAUGUAUAUGUUUUAUUUGCGAGCAUUUUACUUUGUUAUUUCAGAUCAGACACCUAUUAAAAUCAAACUCACUUUAGAUACAUUAGAGAGAAAAAAAAUUUUUUUGUUUUAUUUUAAUAUUAGAUACUCUUAAACACUACAUCGCUAACAUUGUGUUUUAAAGUUCUAUAUAUAUAUAUAUAUAUUUAUUGAAAAUAAUUGCUUUCAAAUAAGUUUAAUUAAUUGAACAGUUAGUCGUAAGUGUCGCAAAGAAAGGUUUAUUACAUAUACCUUUCUCAAAAAAAACUAGACAUUUAAUUAUACAUAUAUAUAUAUAAAUGAAUAUAUUAGAAUUUUAAUAGAUUUUUCAAUAACGUUUUUUCAAAUCAGAAUUUCAAUUUAAAUUUCAAAAUAAAAGUGAUUUUCUGAAUAUGGAAAACAAAUUACUCGAAACAACUAUUGAUUCGAUUUUUUGAAUAUAAAUUUUAAUUGCGUCUGACGAAAAUGGAACAAGUAUAGGGAAGGAAAAAUAUUGUCGAACAAUUCAAUUUGUAUAUUUUAUUUAUUUGUAUAUCUAGUUUUUUUUUCUUUAUUUUAAUGUUGUAUUUAAUAUAUUGUCCAAAUAUCAAAUUGUUACUCUAUUUAAUUGAGAUUUUGUUUUCAUUGUAAAUCAGAGUUAGAUAAAUUUAACGUGUGAGUAAAAUUCGAUUAAAUACAUAUUUGUAUACAACUAAUGCUGCGAAACCAGAUUUUUCUAUAUAUAUUUGGUUGCAAAUUGUUUAUUAUAAUUGUACCAAAAGAAAAGGGAAAAAUAAAGAAUUUAAGUCAGUUAA